AUGGCUCCAGUAAAAAAACCCAAGGUCGGGACCAAAUCCGCCACUGGUUCCGAAGCAAAGAAUACGAUUGCUCGCCGCAGGAACUCAGCUGCGAAGGUGGCUGUUGGACGCCCUACUUCCAGAUCGCCCCAAAAACGCCCCGCCAAAAGCAACGAAGAUGAUGGCGUUGGGGACGAUGAACCUCCUUAUGAGCCAAGCGAUGAUGAGAUUGAUGGCGAUAGCACUGAAGGAAACUUUCAUUCCAGUCCAGUUACUAAGGCCACAAAAGGUAAGAAGGGUCCAGUGAAGUCUGCCAAAAAGAUGAUCUAUAAGAAACACCUUCGAAGAGACGCAACAAAAUUUACGACUAGCCAGGCUAUGGUCGAUGCGGAGGAGGAGUUCGAUCCUCGUGCUGCUGCGUAUCGGGGGAAGGCGACCCAGAGUGGCGGAAACGGACGUAAGAAAGGUCGGAGGCUCAUUCGCUGGACCGCCCAAACGGACCAGUUGUUGUUGCUUUGUCUCCACCAUGAACUGGCCCGGAACAAGGAAGAACUUCCCUAUGAGGCUAUUGCUCAACGCAUGUUCCCCGAAAAAAAUGCCACAGGUGGCGCUAUCAAGGAGCGAUUCGCGAAGCUUCGCAUCGAGUGCUUGAAUAGGGGUUCGUGGGUGCCACCUAUUCUUGGCAAGACCCCACAGAACACUCGACCAGACGUCCGAGGCGUUGUUCGUCUCGCACCAGGAAUUGACAAGGGCCGAUUCGUUCUUUGGAAAGAGGAUGCAUCCAAACUCAUCGACCCCAAGGAUAUCAACAAGGGCCACGUCGAUGCUCAAAAGAAGGGUCUUCAAUACUCCGAACGUGUGUGGAUCAGCCCGGGGGCAGAGAAGGAGUACCUGAAAUCAACGCAUGCCCAUAAAGCGUUGAAUCUUUCUCCCAUUUCUGGUCCAGUUCCAAUGGAUGAUGAUGAGUUGCUCUCGGACGAGGAUGAGGAGGAAGAGAUGGAGGCAGUAUCAGAUGAUGGUGCUGUCGUACCCUGCACGCCGAAAAAGCGCAAGGCUACUGUUAUCAACGACUCUUCAAAGAAAAAGCCCAGACCAGUUGCUCGUCCAAGCCCAAAGAAGAUUGCUGCCAAGGGGCGGGCGACGCAGGCCGAUGAAAGCGAAUAUGAGGGCACCACAGCUGGCGCAGGUAGCAACAGGCUUUCACCAAAGAAGGAGCCUGGUGCUGGUCGAUACAGGAGCCCUAGGGGUAGACCCAAGAGCUAUGAUAUGACACCGCCUGACGAAGAUUCGGAUUCCGGCGCUACCAAAACGGCCGAGUCGAGUGAUGAGAGCGAGGAUGACGAGAGUCCCACCAACAACCGACUGAUGAUGAUGGCAUUUGAAAAAGACGAGGAGGUUAGACCCCUCAGGUCCAUCGUUAUUGUCCGUGGGUUUACUCCUGGUGCUCUCAGCAAGUUUCCGCCUGGCAUCCAGGGCCCUGGGGACGAUGACUAUGCGGACGAUGAGGUAGCUGAGGGUCCUGGCAUCCAGGGCCCUGGGGACAAUGAUUAUGCCGACGACCAGGUCGCUGAGGGUCCCACCGCCUCAUACAAUGGAAGCGAAUCUGUAAUCGAUGCAGAUGAUGAUAAAGCCGCUCUCCAUUUUGAAGACAACCCAGAUAUUGAAUUUGAUGAUAGCAUACACGGAGUCGGACAAGAUGGCUCGAUGGACGAGCAAAAUUUCAACCUCCAGGAUCUUCUUGCUGCCAUGAACCGGAACACGGACAACAACGGACAAUUGAUCAAUAAAGAUCUCUGGGAGAUCCAUGUGGAGCAAAUGAAUGCACUCAAGGGGGCCGGGAUGCAAAAUCCACCUCCUGCGCAGUCACGCCACCAGACUCAGAUCCCUCAAUAUAUACAGCACCAAACACAAAACCAGCUCACUCCUAAUGGAUUUGGCUCUUUCCCGGGCAACUUUGGAGGCCCUCAAGUCAGCUUUGGUGGUUCUAAAAUCCGCUUUGGCGACAUUGAUUUUCAACCAAUGCACUCAGAUGGAAUUCAGGGAAAGGCCGCUUAUUACAACACCAAGAACUUCAUUGAAAACGGCAUGAUCGAUACAGCUCAAUAUGAAAAGAUGAAAGGAAUGGAAUCCAACUCAAGUGGCCAUAUCAAACCAGACCCUGUUCCAGCAGGAUUUUCGGGGUUUGACGCCACCAUACCGCCAGUGCGAGACGAUGAGUUCUUCUCACCUGACUACGUAGGAGGUGGUGAAGCCUCCUUAGAUGGCGGCUUUGGGCCCUUGGGUCCAUUGGAAGGUUACUUUUAGUACCAAGGCUGACUGCAACCUUACACGUAGUUCUUUACAACUCUGUUCUUUGAAGUUUCAUCUCAUGCCAAACAGAGCGCAUGCUGAUCUCAUUAUGGUCGCAAGGCGAAGCGGCAAGGAAACACGGA